GAUGAUUGCCUGUUUAACUUUUUGUACUUUACAGUGAUAAAUAAUACAGAAAUAAUGCCCCCGAAAAAGGCAUUGAAGCUAGAUCAAAAACAAACAACUCUAAACUUUCAUUACGAUCCAAAACAAUUAUGAAUAACAACAGAACUGGAAAUGCCCGCGGGCGCGGGAGACCAAAGAAACGACAGUUUCACCAGAAAAAGGAAGGAAGACCAGAUGAUGUGAUUAAAAAGGAUAAGUAUAUGGUUGCUCAGUCUACCACACAGGAAAGUAUAGAAAUAUCCAAUGCUAAUACAAAUGUAAAUAAAACAACAACAACAAUUUUAACUUUAGAAAAUUUGCUUACUCUUGGCCCAAUUAAUGUUUUGUCCGUCACAACUGAGUUUGGUCUACAGGAUUCUGUUUUUGGACCCUGGGAGUAUAAAAAUGCAAGAAACUGCAUGUUAAAGUAUACCAUUCAAGGCUCAGACAUCAGUCAUACAAUUCGACUUGAUAGCCUGUUAACAAGAGGAAUACCAAGUACUGAAAGAUCAUCCCUGGCUUUCCGUUGGUAUUCAUGGAUUCGUUUGAAGGCCAUUGCAAAUCAAAAAAAAUUACCAAUAAACUCAGUGCUGACGAAUGAGGGUCAAUUUCUUUCACUUCUACACGAAGUAAAUCUUUAUUACACUAAAUCUUCAAAAGUUUGUAGAGAUGAAGGCUUAGAGCCAAAUCGUGGACCACAAUCCCAUGAAGAUGCUUGCAAUUUAGAGCGCCUUCAUUAUUAUGGAAUGGGCACAAUAAAAUACUACAGAAAAACAACUUUCUUGCAGCUAGUUGCAAAAAGAUAUGGAGAAAAUGUUAAGGCUGAAUAUUUGGUAGACCCAACUACACGACUCAUAAGUUGCACAGACUAUGAGGAAACAUUAAAGGACGUUCAUUCAGAAAUUAUCCACAAUUAUUCAAGACACGAGAAGUUGUUAAAGAACUUUGCUGGGCCUCAAUGUAAUGAGGAUCGUCUUAAUAAUGAAAGGAUCAACUUUGAUGUCAAAUUUACAUCUGCCUCUUCUAAGGCAAAACAGGAACUUAAGACAGACUCCGACUUGCCUUUACAAAAAGUAAUAGAACCAACAGAAGCAGACACGAGCGAGUUUUAUCUUAGAAAAUGCAAUCUUUGUAGCAAAGUCAGGUGGUUAGGAAAGAGAGCAGCUGAAAAGUUUAUCUUGGGCUCAUAUGUAUAUGGUAACCUUCAUAAACAAGUACAAUUCUCCUGCAAUCUGCUUCAUGGCACUUCAUGUGAUGAGGAAAAUGACAUUAUUCCUCUUCCAUGUUCUGAACCAAGUCCACAACUAUGGGUAGCAUACAACAGUCUGCACGAGUCAAAACUUACACCAGUUGCUUUUGUGUUAAAAACAAUAAGCGAAGUUAGUGCAGGUGUUGAACAUGUUCAGAUAAUGGCAAAAUAUGCAUGCACGAGUCAAGAAUUUGACAUUAUCAAAGGCAAGGCAGUAUACACUCAGUCUCUGCCUUCGGCAUGUGUGAAGUUUGUUCAAUCUUUGACUACUGGUCGAUUUAAGUCUUGUAAAGAAAUACCUACUUUGAAAAAAGGAAAGCUUAAUAUAAUGAAACCACGCGAAGCUCUUGUUUGUCAAUCAUGGUUAGAUCAUAGCGAGCUGUCAUCUGAAGACCCAUCUGCUCAGCACACUGUCCUAAAUCUAAGUGGAAUUCGUGAUCUCCAUGCAACAUAUGGUGCCAUGAAGAUGAUCCAUUGCUCUCAAUGUGGAAUGUGUUCACCUGGCUUUGAAGCAGAUGCAGCUAAUUGUAUAAACGUCCCUGAAGCUGGCCAACAGAUUCCAAUGUCAAACUCUUUUCUUCUGCAAGCUUUAAAGCAGUCUCAGGUCUUAGCAGGGUCUAGUGUCACUCUCGACUCAGCAUUUUCGAGUGCUAGAGUUUAUAAUGAUGAAACAGUAACAGGGGUAUGUACAAAUUGUUCAAAAUUUUGUAAAAUUGAUCAUGGAAUUGUAACAUUGCUGCACAAAAAGUCUGCUGGUGAAGAGAGUUCUCAGGGAACCACUGUUGAUAGUCAGCAAUCUAUUGAUGACAAUAUUUCAAAUAUAAACCCUUACGGUCCUGAAAAUCUGAUGGCUCUUGAUGUUUUUCAAGAUGAGGCCUCAUAUCAGCAUGAAAUGUUCAUGGACACUUUAUCUCAGGCUGAAAAACUUGUUCUGUCACCGAUCCAUGCUGUAAUAGUUAUAUUGCGUUCUCGAACAAAUAAUAUCCCAUUCUCCAGAUAUGGAUCAAUAUCUUUUGCGAUUAAAGAACCAGUCAAAACUAAAGCUCUUCCAUGGCACACUUUCCAAAAGUUACCAUUUGUUAUCAUGGUCUCUAAGCAAGAAGAUGGGAGCAUUAAUGAAGCUAAAAUUAAUAUGGCAAAGAUUGUUCAUGCAAAAGAGCUUAUGGAGCGUGAAGUGACUUGUCCUGUAUAUGGUACCAAAAGACCAUUUUACAGGUACUGUGAUAAGGUUCAUACACCUUUUACAGUAGCUGCCAUGGAGAAUCUAGCAAGUCAGCUAUCAGAUACAAGCACAGCUGUUUACCCAAAUGGUUUAAGAAAAAUCAAUGUUGAGCUGAUCCAUGAGCGUGCUUCUAAAAGAUUAACUAUUCAGCUGUUCUCUGAAUGGAUAAACUCUGGUUUUAUUAUCGGAAGUGGCAUAAAAGAUGCGAUUCUAAUUGAAAAUCAAAAAGCCACAUCCAGCUGCCUUAACAUGGAACAAAUUGCAAAUCUAAUAUGGAACGAUCUAGCAAAGUUCAUACUAGAGAGUCAAACUAAUGACAAACUUAACCAUGAUGAAGAUCCAAAUGAAACCAUAAAAAUAACACUCACUGAUGUUGUCUUGUACGGUGUUCAGAGGAAAUGGCUCAAUCGUAGCACAGAUGUUUCAAAUGCAUCACAAAAAAACAUUGAACAGGUAUUAUUACCUGAAGAUGAAUUAAAAAACCUAACCUACCUAUGUUGUGAAGAAAUAGAACUUCUCCUAAGGGAGAGCAGCAAUGAUGAAGGAGAUUCAGGUAGUGUUGCACAGGGUGGAGUUUCUAACUUGUCUGAAAACCCAGAGCAAAUUCUCAAGAAUGGAAUGCAAAACACAGUGUUACAAAGGAUCUCAGCACCAGAUGUGGACCGUCAGAACCCUGUUGCUGAGGAUACACAAGGAUACCUACAAAUGGCUUUCCCGGAUGUCUUCCUCACUGGUGAUGCAUGUCCACACCAAGAACGUCCUCGUAGCAUUAAAAAUAAAUCAGGCAGCUACAAAUUUGCUUACCUGUAUUGGGUAUGCGCACAAAAACGAGCGAUGGUCAAUACUGAGCUUCAAUUUCUAGUUCAUAGCAUGAUUAAACGAGAACAUAGCAAGGGAAAGGCCAAGCUCGCUCUGAAAAGUGAUGCCUUUGAAACAACUGGAAUACCUGUAAAAGAGGAUUUAAUGCAAAAUUCAGAGCUUCGUGACUGGACUGUAUCAAACCUAAUGAUGUUCAAGUCCUCAAUACCGGAUACAGCUCCAUUCUGGAAAAGGUCAAGGGAUGAUGCAAUAGCUGUUCAACGGGAUUGGGAAGAAAGUGUUCCUUGGCGAAAAGACAAAAUGCCAAUGUCAAUUAUGCUGUUCCAGACUCGUGCUCCACCGUAUAACCAUCACCCGGCAAUUCACAAAGUCUGUCCAGGUACAGAGACCCUCUCCAUCCAGAGUGACCAAGAAUUUUUGGAAGGUCGGCGAAGAAACGUACUACAGUAUCCAAGCAUCGUAUCGUUUAUGUGCGCAUUGAUGGCAGAGCUGGACACAACGUUUUUAUCUAGAAUUAGAUAUGAUGGUGAUGCCUAUUUUACACGGUUUGAAUGGGGUGCAAAUGCCAAUCCACAUGCUCAUAGGCUGUAUUUUAGUCGUGAAUUCAGUCAGCACAUGGACAGCUUGAAACUAAAUAUACAAAACUGCCUUCAGAGUGCCAAAGACGAAUGUUUAAAUACUGGCCAAGAUCUCGACAAUCCUCUUGUUCAGGACACUAUCCGUACUAGGGUACUCGACUGUUGGGAUCAUGCUAGGAAGGAUUACAUUGAAUAUAUGCGACCAUUCUACACCAACUGGAAUGCAGGUUUACUAGCAGAUGGUAAAAACAAGACAUUUGAUUUCAUCUAUGAAAGGACCUCCGCCAUCUGCAGACUGAACAUGGCAAGUGUGAUAGACAAUGCCCUCACAACCGGUGAUUUUUCAACAUUGGACACACUAUAUGUGACUGUUGUCAAUGGAACAUGUCGCCACUUAGGUCAUACAGGAAUAAACGAUCAGCCUUCCAAGACAGAUAAAUGUGCAGUGGUUAAGAAAAAGCAAUCGACAUGCAAGGAAACUGGGAAUAAACAGUCCACAGAGGUUAUUACCUGUAAAAGGCGAAAACCGCAACCAAUGAAUAAAGUACCCACCAUUGAGCCUGACAAACACAAUAAGAAAAUUUUUCAACUUCAGUUUGAAUGUAACGACAAAUGGUUUAAUGGUCAUGAUCCUUUUGAGAUUCUGCAUGUUCUUAGCAAUGCUGAUGACAAAGCUGUUGUGCCAGAGUUUCUCAGAAAACCUCCAGUAAUAGAGGUCAGUUGUUGCCAAAAUAAAGAAAAUGGGGUGCAGGACUUAAAUCUUGAGUUCUUUUCAGAUACUGGUGACUCUGCUACAGAGUAUGUAACUAAAUAUGCCUUUAAAGAUGCAAUUCCCACUAAAACAUCUAAUGAAGUGCUCAUCACUGCAAUGGAGAAGUUGCAAGAUGGUGAACCAAUAAAUCAAGGUGCUGUUCAAAAAAUGUACAAUAGCCAUGCAAUUGCUGGCACAACAUCUAUCUUUCAGGCAACUCACCUCAAUCAAAAUAUCCCACAUGUUCUUUCAAAUGUUAACAUCAAAAGUUGCAGUGUAUCUGGUUUGUCUCUGCUGAGAACUGACUAUGAUAAAAAAGAUGGCGAAGAUUACAUUCUCCCACCUCUCAUUAAACAAUUUGAUGGGCGACAUGGCACAACAGCUGUUUUCAUCGAAUGUGGCAAAGAGUCGCCAAAACUGAAGGCAGAGAUACAAUGCAACAUGUGUCUACAUCAGUUUUGUGACUUGUUUGAUGUUAAAGAAAUUAAACCCAAUGAUGGUGCAAGAUUCUUACAAUUUAAAAGAAGAAGUACUGCAAGAAAUGGCAGAUUGAAUGCAUUAAAGCUCAUACCUUGCCAUGGUAUAAGAAUGGCAAAUCCACGUGGAAAACAAUAUUGGCACUAUUGUAGAACACUCUGCCUUUGGAAGAUUCCUUGCCACAAAACUACUGACUUCUCACCAAUUGCUGAAGAUGCAGAAUCUUUAAAGAAAGCUUGGAUUGAUCUAUUCAAUCAAACAUUUCUUGAUGGUAAUGGACUUCCACCAUGGGCAUACAAAUUUUGGAAACAUCACCAUCUUCCUCGAAACAACAACUCUGAUUCAGAUUCAUCCUCAGACGAAGAUGUCGAAGAAAACCAGCAAGCUUGUGCAGUAGAUGCAACUGAUGACACUAAUCUUAGCAAAAUUAAAAGCAGUGAAUACGAUUCCGCUUCAAAACCGAUAGCACGACCCGGAAAUGAACAAUUUUAUCAAAACCCCGUUGAUCGCUUGCGGUCUGCCCCGCAGCAGGGCAUAGAUUCCAAGCCAUGUUUCAGUGAUUCUGACGUUUUAGCUAAUCCUGAAGGUGUUGAUUUUAUGAAGAGCUGGCUAGGAGAGAAUGUUAUACCUUCUACGGCUGAAUACAUGCUCAUAUUUCAAAUCUCACAAACACACAAGGAGUUUUGUCAAGUAAUUCAUUUGAAGCAUCUUCAUUAA